AUGAUUAGGAAUAUUAUACAUGAAGAAAAAUUUACACACGGCACAGACGUGAUAAGUCUUUAUAUCAUCUCAUUUGAUUCUAAUCAAAAUAAGGAAGAAUUAUAAAAUUUAAUCUAGAAGAAAUAGAUUUAAACAAUAUUUGUUUUAGAAAAUCAAGAAAAGAUUUUAAACUUUUAAAAUAUUAAUAAAUCUUUAGUUGGGAAAUAUUAGGAAGAAUAAUUCAAGAUACUAUUUGUAAAUAUUAUAACUAUUAUAAAGAAUGAAAUUUAUUUAACUAAAAAGAAUUUAGGAUUAAUCCUCUCUAAAACAAAUAACUAGAGUCUUUAUUUUUUUGCUUCAUAUAUGAUUCUAAGGGAGUAGAAAAAUAAUACAUGGUUAUAGUAAUAAGUAUUAUUUUACUUGAAUUUUAGAACUUUUACAAUACUCUUUUGGAAUAGGAAUAAAAAUAGUUAAAAAAGUUAAUAGAGAAUAAUCCUUCAAAAUAGAAUCAAAUGUUUCUAGAAACUCAAAAGAUAGAAACUUGUAGUAGUUAAAUAAUUAAGGCAGAAAAACCAAGAGAAUGGGAUUAGAAUAAUUUAGAUCCACCAGAUGAUAUCUCUGAAUGUGACCCUAUCUUUCCUAAGAUAUCUAUAGAUUCAGUUAUAAUCUAGGAUUCUUCAUAAAAUAAUUAGAGUAUUAAUACUCAAUAAAUUGAACAAUAACAAUCUCAUAGUUCAAAUCCCUAAUUUCAUUUGAUACCAGAAUAAGAAUAAGAAUAAGAAUAAACAAUACUUGAAUUGGCUCCAUCAAUUAAAUUUAAAUCAUUAUAUUAAAAGUAUACAAUCAAAUGUUUUAAAUGA